UGGGAGUCCUGCAGGGCAGGAGGGACUGGUCCCCAUCGGGGAAGGGCCUGCGUCCCCACCGUGUCCCGGCUGGAGCGGCUAACCAGGCGAGGGAAACCCUGCCCCAUCCUCUGUCUGUUCCCCGCCGGAUCCUGCCCGCGCCCCUGCAAGCUCCCCGUCCCUUUGAAUCUGCCGGCAGGAUGUCUACAUGCUUCUGCCGUGCCUUCAUCGCUGGCUGUUAGAUCCAUAUUUGGUAGCAAUAAUUGUUUACUCCCUUCUCCUCUCUCCCGGAGCCUCGCUGCUGAGAAGGGGAGGGGACAUAUUUUGGGGAUUUUUAUCUUUGCCAGAACCUGUGAGUUGCUCAGUAAAGGGUUUGAAUGCUACAUCUCCCCCCACAAAACGUGGGGUGAAACCCCCGCAAGUGCUAAAUGAACCAGUCAUGGUGCAUGAGCAGCACCAGCCAAGCAUUCAACUUGUUGAAGAGCAGCAGCAGGAAUUUGGUGCUUCCCGAAGUGACAUGUCCCAGCAGAUUUAGGGAAGGGAGUGAAAAAGCUGAGGAAGAGACAACAGGGACCUGUGGGGCGCCCUCAUUUCCAGAAGUGAGCUUUGCUGGCUACUGGGUGGAAAAGACCCCAAAACUCAGCUAUGUUCUCUUGCUUUCCCCUUUCUGCCUGUCCAGCAGUGUAGUGCUGGGCAAGUCAGUUGCCCUGGGAAGCAUAUAUGCCUGAAUCAGGGUACCUAGUGGUUUCCACGGAUUGCGAGAGCACCCAGUACACCCCAGAGCCUGGUUCUGGGGUCCUGUGCCAGAGGCCCAGCUCACUAAGAACUCAGCAGAGGCUGUGGCCUUGUUCCCAUGCCUGCUUGGAAGUGGGCAGUCUGGAGGUGCCACAGUUUGUGCUCCAUUGCUCUGCAGGGCAGGGGAUGCCCAGCAGAAGCAGACAGGCGUGGGGUACGUGUGAAAUGUGGGCAGUUAAAGGCCAGAGCUGGUUCAGCUCAUUGCACUUGAGCAGGCAGGAGGCUGCGCCUGUGAUCCCCCAGCCUGGCUGCCUGUCCCCUGCCCAUUUCCCACGCAGAGCAGGGCUGCUUCCCUGUGAGGGUGAGAGGAUGCUCCUAUCCCAGCCAUGGGUGACAGCUGAGUGGUCGCAGGGGUGCUGUGUCUGGCCUUGCCAGUCACUCAUGCUCCCCAGGAGCAAGCUUGGCCUCAGCAAAAGAGAAGAAACUGCUUUCCCAUCUGACAUGUACGCGCAGCUGGGAAAGAGGAACCAGGCAGAGCAUGUGGCACCAUCACCAGCUGGGGCUGCUGGCAGGUUCCCACGUCUGCCCCCAGUGCCUUCUGUGUCCCAUACUGGACAACCCAGCCAGAACCUGGUCCAGCUUCUUACCAGGUUAAUUUUGACCCUGUUGAUUGUGCAGAUGUCAGCAUACCAGCCAACCCACUGCUGAGAGGCGUUGCAGUUUGGUGGCUUGCUACCCGCCUGGCUGUGCCAGUGGCCACAGUGAUGGGGCCCUGUGUCUGCGGAAAACCCUGGCACUGUAGUGGUUUGCAGCUGAUAAAGCUUCCUGCAGCCAUUUCCCAGUCCAGGGGUGGUCAGGAGUGGGGGCUUUCCCAGGUGAAAUUAGGUAUUGCUGUAAAACCCAAAAAAAAACCAAAAAACCCAAAAACAAACAAACAAAAAACCAACAACAAAAACAAAACAAACAAAAAAAACCCCCACAAAAAACCAAAGGAAAAACCUAAAACCUCAUCUGAAGUAUCCCUUAGAAAGGGCAUAUUAAAAAUAGCAAAAUGGUUGCAUUUGAAGCUUCUUGAGCUUGUUCUAGAAACUCACCAUGAGCGUUCCAGCAGGCUGCAGCUGAAUUUUGGUCGAUUUUUUUUUUUUGGUCAUUUUAAGACACAAACCCUCCUCUGUAGCCGUUACUGCAGCACUGAACUGGGCCGACACAAAUAUAGCAGUUUCGUCACGUGACGGAAAACUCGCUGUCAGUGGUCCCAGCAGAGACGCGGUGGCUCCUCGGGCCAGCACGGCGCUGUUUGUGCUGACCCUGCCUGUGCUGACCCUGUCUUUGCACCUUCACCACUACCCUGGUUUUGCUCACCUAGUGUGGGGUGAGAUCGGAGGAAGCUGCAGCAGCUCCUCGGGGAAGUGGUGGGACCCCACCAAGGCCUCCCUCCCACCCCCUCAUCGUUUUGGGAUCAGUUCAGGAACGUGCCCGUGGUUCAAAGGGUUGCACUCAGCUUGGUGUAAAAUGCAGAAGUGUGUUACUCUGGCUGCUCUGGUGCCCUUUGUGUAGUGACAGCUGAUUGCGAACGGGUGUGCUUGCUCUGGAGGUGAGACAGCACGGAAAUCUGGUGUGUAUUCAUUGAGACUUGGUCUAUUUGGGGUUUUUUGGUUUUUUACUUUCCAGUGGGACAGCUUGAAUUUCACUGUCCUUUUCCUUUACUUUUCUGGUUUGCGCUGCCAGGCUCCCACGCUGUCUCAUCUGUUAUGUCUAGUCCAGCUUUUCCUUCCCCACACGGUUCCAGUCAGGGAGAGGUCUGCAGGCGUUGGGCCCUGCAUUGGUGCCCUCGGAGAAGGCAGAGGAUUUGCAAACCUCAUGUGAUUAAUUGUCACGUUUGCUUGCAAAUCUCCCCAGGGUUUGAGGAGGUGUCCUUAAUGCAGCAGGGAGCAUUUUGGCUUUAGACGCUGCUGUCAGCAAAGUUCAGCUGCUGGAGCGUGAACUUUUCCCGCAGAAUAUGGGAAUUAAAGUGAACCAUUUACCUUUCCUCUGAGGUCUUCCCUGAUGUCAGCAUCUUCCCUGCCCACGUCUGCUGUUUUUUUAAGAGUUUGGGAGUGGGAAGGCUCGAGCAGUCACCUUCCCCAUCUUCCUGGGGGGUCUUGGAAAGCAUGAUGGCCCUUGUGAAGGGUGUGCUAAGGGGUACCUGGGGUGCAGUGCUGGAUUUUGGGUGGCUUUGGGAGGGCAAGAAGAGGAUGCAGAAAUGGCAGUGCAUGGCCUGGCUCCUCUCACUUCCUCUCUGCUGUCCGGCGUCCUCCCCUCCUCUUCCUCUGUGGUCUCUGACCUUGUCGUGGCGGUGGCAUGUUCUCCUUUUCCUGCAGAGAGAUGGAAGGCAGCUUUGUGCUCAACUUGAGAAUAUUUUUAGAUAUAGAGAAGUUAGCCUGGUGACCGCAGCAGCCUACCCUGAAUAUAAAAUACUUGGAAAACCUUUUCCAUGACAGGGUGUUCCUCGUUUGCUCAGCUCACAGCUUUGCUGGUGCUUCUGGAUAGAUGGCAAUGGCACGGGCGGGUGCCUCUGCCACCUCAUUCCCUGUGCCGAUGGGCUCCCUCGCUCUGGACCUAAAAUGCAUUUCAUUCCUCAGCAGCGGAGACAGUGGGGGCCACGGGCCUCCGCAGAAACAUUGCAGAACGGCUCAGGAAUGCAGAGCUGGAGCCGCUCCAUGUGCUGGCGGAGGCGGCACGCUCCUCAGUCCCUGCCUCCCACCCUGCACCACCACCAUGGCUCCGUGGCUCUGCAGGAGCAGGGCCCCUGCCCUCUGACUCACUCCUGGCCAAAACUGGAUGCAGAUCCUGCCUUAGUCAGCUCAGAUCGAUGUUUGGGAUCAGCCCCCACUUGUGUACCCCUUUCCAGGGGAACCGGAGUUGGCAGCACUGUGCAGGGACGCAGAGACUCACUGUGGGCUGCUGCAGCGCAAGGAAGGCUGCCAGCACAUUUUACCCAAGAACCUUCCCAGGCCAGGCUGAGGAUGCACGAUAAGCUUUCCCUGACAGCCUUAAUAGGAAGCCUGGUAGGAGCAAAUCAAUCUAGAAGAGAACAUGCAGAUGUGGUGCAUCCCACACUGUAUCCUCCCACCACUGGGGUUUAAGGACAAGGCAGCUUGGGUUGGCAGAACAGAGGGACUCCCUCCCCAUGAGCAGUCUCUGAGAGAGAGGAAAAGGCAUGUCGUUGCUGGAGAGAAUCAAGCUGGGGCCAGAGGAGGAUUGGGAAUGCUGAGCAGGACAGGGAGCAGUGGGACAGGGGCAGAGGACCCAAUGUAGGGAGCCUGAGGCAUGUGGGAAAGCACUGAAAGCUGCUGCACAGUGGGUAAACCCGAAGGGAAGGGCUCUUAAAAGCUGCGUCAGGCAAGCAGGGGUCUUAUUUACAACCUUCUUCAGUUAUUUCUUUCAUAUUUCACUGCUGUAAGAAUAUCACAGUACUGAUUUGUUGUCAUGAAAUCUGGUGUUUUGGAACCCUGUUGAGGGGCACUUGCUCUGAGUCUGCUCUGGGCAAUUCUUCAAUCCUCAACUCUACAACUCCCUGAAAGGAGAUUGUAGUGGGGCCAGUCUCUUCUACUGUGCCAACAGUGAGAGGACCAGAGGAAAGGGCCUUAAACUGAGAUAGGGGAGAUUCAGAUUAGAUACCAGAAAAAAUUUUCUCACUGUUAGGGUGGUCAGGCAUUGGAAUAGCUUGCCCAGGGAGAUGGUGGAGUCACCAUUCCUGGAGGGGUGUUAAAGAGGCAUCUGGAUCUGGCACUGAGUGAUGUGGUUUAGGGGUUACAGUGACAGUAGUGGGUGGACAGCUGGACUUGAUGAUCUUAAAGGUCUCUUCCAACCCUGAUGAUUCUUUAAUUCUCUUCUGUUCUAUGAAGCUGAUGCUUCAGGCUGGAUCCAGCUUGGUUCCUGUUUCAGAUGGCAUGGUGCAGCUCUGGCGUGCCCUUGCCAUGGCUGGUCCCUUGCCCUGCUGUGCAUCAUCCUGUGCACAGGCUCCCCAACCCUGGGUUUGUGCCAGUAGCUGCUGCCACAGUCCCUGAUCUCUGAGCACUCCCUGGGUGUGAGUGGUGCUUUCCACAGGUAAUUGUAUUUAACGUGUGGGUUCUGUGCCUGGUGCCCUUAUCUUGCCUCCUCGAGCAGCUUCAGGCUUUUCCGUCCCUCUGUGCUCAGGGUGCCAGCUCAGCACGCUCUCCUGGUGACAUGGAGGGCCCUGAUAGCUGGGGCAGGGGCCUGCCAGCUCUGGGUCAAAGCUUGGUUUUCCUCUUGUGGCUUCUGUGUCAUCGCAGGUUUAAUUAUAACUCCUUCCAUCGUGCUGUCCCACAGUCUCUUAUCUUGUGUUCUCCCACAUGCUCGCUUCCUCCUCUCUGGCAGCAUCUCCACUGGGUACCAGCUGCUGUCACUCCCGCAAGCGAGUAAAAUUGGCUUUGGGACCUUGGCACGAGGAGGUGAGGGUCCCCGUGCUGGCUGGAGAUCCCAACAUCUGGAAAGUGGGACCCCCUCACAGGCUCACCAGCACAGUCUACAGCCCUUGCUUGCCAGUAGAAUCUGGGUCCUGGUUUUCAGGCAGCAGGGGUGUCCCAGGAGGAGGAGGAGGAAGGACCCAGUGCACCGGAGGGCUCAGAAGCCAGAGCUCACCCAUCUGUGUCCUCCAGCAGGUGACGCAGGAGUGGGGACAGCCCAGCCGCCACCAUGGUUGCCCUCUCGCUGAAGAUCAGCAUCGGCAAUGUGGUGAAGACGAUGCAGUUCGAGCCCUCCACCAUGGUGUACGACGCCUGCCGCAUGAUCCGGGAGCGGGUGCCCGAGGCCCAGUUGGGACAGCCUAACGAUUUUGGGCUGUUCCUCUCGGAUGAAGACCCAAAGAAAGGGAUCUGGCUGGAGGCUGGGAAGGCUCUGGACUACUACAUGCUUCGCAAUGGGGAUACCAUGGAAUACAAGAAGAAGCAGCGGCCCCUGAAGAUCCGCAUGCUGGAUGGGACAGUGAAAACAGUGAUGGUGGAUGACUCCAAAACUGUCACGGACAUGCUCAUGACAAUCUGUGCCCGGAUUGGCAUCACAAACUACGAUGAGUACUCGCUUGUUCGGGAGAUUAUGGAAGAGAAGAAGGAGGAGGUUACUGGCACCCUCAAGAAGGACAAGACCCUACUGCGAGAUGAGAAGAAGAUGGAGAAGCUCAAGCAGAAGUUGCACACAGAUGACGAGUUGAAUUGGCUGGACCACGGCCGGACCCUGCGCGAGCAAGGCAUCGACGACAAUGAAACGCUGCUGCUGCGGCGCAAGUUCUUCUACUCUGACCAGAAUGUGGACUCGCGAGAUCCUGUGCAGCUCAACCUGCUCUACGUGCAGGCUCGUGAUGACAUCCUGAACGGUUCACACCCUGUCUCCUUUGACAAAGCCUGCGAGUUUGCUGGCCAUCAGUGCCAAAUCCAGUUUGGGCCAUACAACGAGCAGAAGCACAAGCCAGGCUUUCUGGAGCUCAAGGAUUUCCUGCCUAAGGAGUACAUCAAGCAGAAAGGGGAGCGCAAGAUCUUCAUGGCCCACAAGAACUGCGGGAACAUGAGCGAGAUCGAGGCCAAAGUUCGCUAUGUGAAACUUGCCCGUUCCCUCAAGACCUACGGGGUCUCCUUCUUCUUGGUCAAGGAGAAGAUGAAGGGGAAGAACAAGCUGGUGCCACGGCUGCUGGGGAUCACCAAGGAGUGUGUGAUGCGCGUGGACGAGAAAACCAAGGAAGUGAUUCAGGAGUGGAGCCUGACCAACAUCAAGCGUUGGGCAGCCUCACCCAAGAGCUUUACCCUGGAUUUUGGAGAUUACCAGGAUGGUUACUACUCGGUGCAGACGACGGAGGGGGAACAGAUCGCCCAGCUGAUUGCUGGCUACAUAGAUAUCAUCCUGAAAAAGAAAAAGAGCAAAGACCACUUUGGACUGGAGGGGGAUGAGGAGUCCACCAUGCUGGAAGACUCUGUGUCUCCAAAGAAGUCAACAGUCGUGCAGCAGCAGUUUAACCGUGUAGGCAAGGCAGAGCUGGGCUCAGUGGCCCUGCCAGCCAUCAUGCGGACAGGAGCUGGAGGGCCAGAAAACUUCCAGGUGGGCACGAUGCCACAGCCUCAACUGCAAAUCACCAGUGGCCAGAUGCACCGAGGGCACAUGCCUCCGCUGACCUCAGCCCAGCAAGCCCUGACUGGCACCAUCAACUCAAGCAUGCAGGCUGUGCAUGCAGCCCAGGCCACGCUGGACGACUUCGAGACCUUGCCGCCCCUCGGGCAGGAUGCUGCAUCCAAAGCUUGGCGUAAAAACAAAAUGGAUGAGUCUAAGCACGAGAUCCAUUCCCAAGUGGAUGCUAUCACCGCUGGCACAGCCUCAGUGGUCAACCUCACUGCAGGGGAUCCCGCAGACACAGACUAUACUGCUGUGGGCUGCGCCGUCACCACCAUCUCUUCCAACCUGACUGAGAUGUCCAAGGGCGUGAAGCUGCUGGCUGCGCUGAUGGAAGACGAGGGAGGGAAUGGGCGGCAGCUUCUGCAGGCAGCCAAAAACCUGGCCAGCGCCGUCUCAGACCUGCUGAAAACAGCGCAGCCUGCCAGCGCUGAGCCUCGCCAGAAUCUCCUGCAGGCUGCCGGCCUCGUGGGCCAGACCAGCGGGGAGCUGCUGCAGCAGAUCGGGGAGAGCGACACCGACCCCCGGUUUCAGGACAUGCUUAUGCAGCUGGCGAAGGCAGUGGCCAGUGCUGCUGCUACGCUGGUGCUCAAAGCCAAGAACGUGGCUCAGAAGACAGAAGACGCAGCACUGCAGACACAGGUGAUCGCUGCGGCCACCCAGUGUGCCCUCUCCACCUCCCAGCUCGUGGCCUGCACCAAGGUUGUGGCUCCCACAAUCAGUUCCCCAGUCUGCCAGGAGCAGCUGAUUGAGGCUGGCAAGUUGGUGGCCAAGUCGGCUGAGGGCUGCGUGGAGGCCUCCAAGGCGGCCACCAGUGAUGACCAGCUCCUGAAGCAGGUGGGGGUGGCAGCCACAGCUGUCACCCAGGCCCUCAAUGACCUGCUGCAGCACAUCAAGCAGCACGCCUUGGGCGGGCAGCCCAUUGGGCGCUACGACCAGGCCACUGACACCAUCCUCAACGUCACCGAGAACAUAUUCAGCUCUAUGGGCGAUGCAGGGGAGAUGGUGCGUCAGGCUCGUAUUCUGGCCCAGGCCACCUCCGACCUUGUCAAUGCCAUCAAAGCCGAUGCUGAGGGAGAGACUGACCUGGAGAAUUCACGCAAGCUUCUGAGUGCAGCCAAGAUCCUGGCUGAUGCCACUGCCAAGAUGGUGGAGGCUGCAAAGGGAGCUGCAGCCCACCCUGACAGUGAGGAGCAGCAGCAGCGGCUGCGCGAGGCAGCAGAGGGGCUGCGCAUGGCCACCAACGCCGCAGCCCAGAACGCCAUCAAGAAGAAGCUCGUACACAAACUGGAGCACGCAGCCAAGCAGGCUGCUGCCUCCGCCACCCAGACCAUCGCCGCCGCGCAGCACGCCUCCUCCUCCAACAAGAACCCUGCUGCACAGCAGCAGCUGGUGCAGAGCUGCAAGGUGGUGGCAGAGCAGAUCCCAAUGCUGGUGCAGGGUGUGCGAGGAAGCCAGUCCCAGCCGGACAGCCCCAGCGCCCAGCUGGCUCUCAUUGCUGCAAGCCAGAACUUCCUGCAGCCUGGUGGGAAGAUGGUAGCUGCAGCCAAGGCCACCGUCCCCACCAUCACGGACCAAGCCUCUGCGAUGCAACUCAGCCAGUGUGCCAAGAACUUGGCUGCAGCUCUGGCUGAGCUCCGCACAGCCGCCCAGAAGGCUCAGGAGGCGUGCGGACCCCUGGAGAUAGACUCUGCGCUGGGUCUGGUGCAGAGCCUGGAGAGGGACUUACAGGAAGCCAAGGCAGCUGCCCGCGAUGGCAAGCUCAAGCCUCUGCCAGGAGAGACGAUGGAGAAAUGUGCCCAGGACCUGGGGAACAGCACCAAAGCCGUCAGCUCCGCCAUCGCUCACCUCCUGGGAGAGGUGGCCCAGGGCAAUGAGAACUACACAGGAAUUGCUGCUCGGGAAGUGGCCCAGGCCCUGCGCUCGCUCAGCCAGGCUGCCCGUGGUGUGGCCGCCAACACCUCCGACCCGCAGGCACAGAAUGCCAUGCUGGAGUGUGCCAGCGACGUCAUGGAUAAAGCCAACAACCUCAUCGAGGAGGCGCGGAAAGCAGUGGCCAAGCCUGGUGACCCAGAGAGCCAGCAGCGCCUGGCCCAGGUGGCCAAGGCAGUGUCACAGGCUCUGAAUCGCUGCGUUAACUGCCUGCCAGGGCAGCGAGACGUGGAUGCUGCCAUCCGCAUGGUGGGAGAGGCCAGCAAGAGGCUGCUCGCGGAUUCGUUCCCUCCCAGCACCAAGAGCUUCCAGGAGGCGCAGAGCCAGCUGAACCAGGCAGCUGCGGGGCUCAACCAGUCUGCCAACGAGCUGGUGCAGGCAUCACGUGGCACCCCUCAAGACCUGGCCAAGUCCUCUGGCAAAUUUGGGCAGGACUUCAAUGAGUUCCUGCAGGCAGGAGUGGAGAUGGCCGGCCAGUCCCCGAAUAAGGAAGACCAGGCACAGGUGGUGUCGAACUUGAAGAGCAUCUCCAUGUCCUCCAGCAAGCUGCUCUUGGCUGCAAAGGCUCUCUCUGCCGACCCUGCUGCCCCCAACCUCAAGAAUCAGCUGGCAGCAGCGGCACGGGCUGUGACCGACAGCAUUAACCAGCUGAUCACCAUGUGCACCCAGCAGGCCCCUGGCCAGAAGGAGUGUGACAAUGCCCUGCGGGAGCUGGAGACGGUGAAGGAACUGUUGGAGAACCCCACCCAGACUGUCAAUGACAUGUCCUACUUCAACUGCCUUGACAGCGUCAUGGAGAACUCCAAGGUGUUGGGUGAGUCCAUAGCUGGCAUCUCCCAGAAUGCCAAGAACAGCAAACUGCCCGAGUUCGGGGAUUCCAUCCGUGCCGCCUCCAAAGCUCUUUGCGGGCUGACAGAGGCAGCUGCCCAGGCUGCCUAUCUUGUGGGAGUCUCAGACCCCAACAGCCAGGCCGGACAGCAGGGCUUGGUAGACCCCACUCAGUUUGCCAGAGCAAACCAAGCCAUCCAGAUGGCCUGCCAGAACCUGGUGGACCCUGCCUGCACCCAGUCCCAGGUGCUGUCAGCAGCCACCAUCGUAGCAAAACACACCUCAGCCCUGUGCAACACGUGCCGCCUGGCCUCCUCCCGCACCGCCAACCCUGUGGCCAAGCGCCAGUUCGUCCAGUCGGCCAAAGAGGUGGCCAACAGCACGGCUAACCUGGUGAAGACCAUCAAGGCCCUGGAUGGCGAGUUCAAUGAGGAGAACCGGGAGCGGUGCCGUGCUGCCACUGCCCCUCUCAUAGAGGCCGUGGAUAACCUGACAGCCUUCGCCUCCAACCCAGAGUUUGCCACCGUUCCUGCCCAGAUCAGCCCAGAGGGUCGCAGAGCCAUGGAGCCCAUUGUCUCUUCAGCCAAGACCAUGCUGGAGAGCUCCGCUGGCCUCAUCCAGACUGCCCGUUCUCUGGCUGUCAACCCCAAGGACCCACCGCAGUGGUCAGUGCUGGCUGGACACUCACGCACCGUCUCAGACUCCAUCAAGAAGCUGAUCACCAACAUGAGGGACAAAGCUCCAGGACAGCGGGAGUGUGACGAGGCCAUUGAGGUGCUGAACAGGUGCAUGCGGGAGGUGGACCAGGCCUCCCUCGCUGCCAUCAGCCAGCAGCUGGCUCCCCGAGAAGAUAUCUCCCAGGAGGCUUUGCAUAACCAGAUGAUCACAGCUGUCCAGGAGAUCAGCAACCUGAUCGAGCCUGUGGCCGGUGCGGCGCGGGCCGAGGCGUCGCAGCUGGGGCACAAGGUGUCCCAGAUGGCUCAGUACUUUGAGCCUCUCAUUAUGGCGGCCAUUGGUGCUGCCUCCAAAACGCCCAACCACCAGCAGCAGAUGAACCUCCUGGACCAGACCAAAACACUGGCUGAAUCCGCCUUGCAGAUGCUGUACACAGCCAAGGAGGCUGGUGGGAACCCCAAGCAAGCUGCCCACACCCAGGAGGCUCUGGAAGAGGCUGUGCAGAUGAUGAAGGAAGCGGUGGAGGACCUGACCACCACCCUGAAUGAGGCAGCCAGUGCUGCAGGUGUUGUCGGGGGCAUGGUGGACUCCAUUACCCAAGCCAUCAACCAGCUGGACGAGGGGCCCGUGGGUGAGCCGGAGGGCACCUUUGUGGACUACCAGACCACAAUGGUGAAGACAGCCAAGGCCAUCGCUGUGACUGUGCAGGAGAUGGUCACCAAAUCUACCACCAACCCAGACGAGCUGGGCAUACUGGCCAAUCAACUCACCAAUGACUAUGGGCAGCUGGCACAAGAGGCCAAGCCAGCUGCCCUCACUGCUGAGAAUGAGGAGAUCGGCUCCCACAUCAAGCGCCGGGUGCAGGAGCUGGGUCACGGCUGUGCCGCCCUGGUCACCAAGGCUGGAGCCCUGCAGUGCAGCCCCAGUGACGCCUACACCAAGAAGGAGCUGAUAGAGAGUGCGCGCAAGGUUUCCGAGAAGGUUUCUCAUGUGCUGGCAGCUCUUCAGGCUGGGAACCGUGGCACACAAGCCUGCAUCACAGCGGCCAGUGCUGUCUCUGGCAUCAUUGCUGACCUCGACACCACCAUCAUGUUUGCUACAGCAGGAACCCUCAACCGGGAGAACUCGGAGACCUUUGCUGACCACAGGGAGGGCAUCUUGAAGACAGCCAAGGCGCUUGUGGAGGACACCAAGGUGUUGGUGCAGAAUGCCACAGCCAGCCAGGAGAAGCUAGCCCAGGCUGCCCAGUCCUCUGUGACCACCAUCACCCGCCUGGCAGAGGUGGUGAAGCUGGGUGCUGCUAGCCUGGGAUCUGAAGACCCAGAAACUCAGGUGGUCCUGAUCAAUGCUGUGAAGGAUGUGGCCAAGGCACUUGGGGACCUGAUCGGUGCCACCAAGGCAGCUGCUGGCAAAGCUGGGGAUGACCCUGCUGUCUACCAGCUGAAGAACUCUGCCAAGGUUAUGGUGACAAAUGUCACUUCCUUGCUGAAGACAGUAAAGGCUGUGGAGGACGAGGCCACAAAGGGGACACGGGCGCUGGAGGCCACGAUAGAGCACAUACGCCAGGAGCUGGCAGUGUUCUCCUCCCCGGUGCCUCCUGCCAAGGUCUCCACCCCAGAGGACUUCAUCCGCAUGACAAAAGGCAUCACGAUGGCCACGGCCAAAGCAGUGGCCGCUGGCAACUCCUGUCGGCAGGAGGAUGUCAUCGCCACGGCCAACCUGAGCCGCCGCGCCAUCGCGGACAUGCUGCGCGCCUGCAAGGAAGCAGCCUACCACCCGGAGGUGAGCGGGGACGUGCGGCAGCGGGCGCUGCGCUUUGGCAAGGAGUGUGCUGACGGCUACCUGGAGCUGCUGGAGCACGUGCUGGUGAUCCUGCAGAAGCCGACUCACGAGCUGAAGCAGCAGCUGGCAGGCUACUCCAAGCGUGUGGCUAGCUCCGUCACCGAGCUCAUCCAGGCAGCCGAGGCCAUGAAAGGGACAGAGUGGGUUGACCCAGAAGACCCCACUGUCAUCGCUGAGAAUGAGUUGCUGGGGGCAGCAGCUGCCAUUGAGGCUGCAGCCAAGAAGCUGGAGCAGCUGAAGCCAAGAGCCAAGCCCAAGCAAGCGGACGAGAGCCUGAACUUCGAGGAGCAGAUCCUGGAAGCUGCCAAGUCCAUUGCUGCAGCCACAAGCGCCCUGGUGAAGGCAGCCUCAGCAGCCCAGCGGGAAUUAGUGGCCCAAGGAAAAGUGGGUGCCAUCCCAGCCAACGCAGUGGAUGAUGGACAGUGGUCCCAGGGUCUCAUUUCAGCUGCACGCAUGGUGGCUGCUGCCACCAACAACCUGUGCGAGGCUGCCAAUGCGGCGGUGCAGGGCCAUGCCAGCGAGGAGAAGCUCAUCUCAUCCGCCAAGCAGGUGGCUGCCUCCACAGCCCAGCUCCUGGUGGCCUGCAAGGUGAAGGCUGACCAUGACUCAGAGGCCAUGAAGCGGCUCCAGGCUGCCGGCAAUGCUGUCAAGAGAGCGUCGGACAAUCUGGUGAAGGCAGCGCAGAAGGCAGCUGCCUUCCAGGACCACGAUGAAACGGUGGUGGUGAAGGAGAAGAUGGUCGGUGGAAUUGCACAGAUCAUUGCCGCCCAGGAGGAGAUGCUGCGCAAGGAGCGGGAGCUGGAGGAGGCACGGAAGAAGCUGGCGAUGAUCCGGCAGCAGCAGUACAAGUUCCUGCCCUCGGAGCUGCGGGACGAGGAGCAGAACUGAGCCGCACACCCUCCCGCCCACCGCACAGACUGCUGCCCGCCCGCCUGCCCGCUCCUAUUUAAGACGAACCGCCUCAAGCGAAGGGCUGCCUGGGCUAGACCAGAGCUCUGCCCGCACCCACGGCAACGGGACUAACCCAGCUGCCCCUCCAAGCCGGUGCCGCACCAGCAACUCCGCUUUGCUGCCCAGCCCACCUUCCCACGCACACCCAAGGCACAAUCAGAGCGCUCGGAGGGACUCGGGGUGGGAGCCGGGGCUGCACUGGCUCAGGGCUCACCUGCCAGCCCCGGGGUUUGGGCCCACAGAGCUCUCCACUGCAAGGGGAUAUUUACUUGUGCCUUCCUCAUUCCCAUUUGUGCCCCUUUCCUCUCUCUCUCUUCCGUGCGGGAUGGGGAGCAGCGGGCGGCCAGCCCUCUCCUGUGCGAUGGUGUGCAGGGAGCAGCAUGGUCUGUCGCUGAGCUCCGGCGCAGAGCUGCCUUUCACCUCCAAUGCCUUAUUGCUGGCUGAACCUUCCUCUUCAGUUUCCCUGGGAGGCACGGAGGCUCCCCCACGAGCAUCCUCUUCAGCCCGAGCCCCUCUGGGGAGCAGCAGGGCUGGAAGCCACAGUGCCUCUGCUCAGGAUGGGGGGUGAUGAGAUGAGUUCACCCCUAGAGCUGUUCUCUGCCUUCCCGUGGAGCUUCUCCCCGCCCAUGGCCCCAGCCAGCUCUGCCUUCCUUCUUCUUCCCAAGUGCCUGCAUUGUUUUCCAAGAUCUACAGUAUUUUUGUAACUUUUCCAUUUCUUUAGUAUUGAGCCUGCAGCUUUCAAAGUUCAUAUAUUUCCCUGCCAGCUUGUGCCCUGCCCACUAACACCCAGCUCUCGCCGGGGUCCCGUAGCCCAGUAUCCCACCCCUCCUCGGCUCCGGGACCCCCGUCCCUUCCCCUUUGCACUUGCUGAGUCUUCUCUCACUAUUUUGAUACUUUAAGCAUCCCAUAUUAAACACUGAAGGAAACCAGCACCCCCCCAAGCCUCCGGGGUGGGGUGGGGGUUGCCAGUGUCUCCUCGGAAAGAUGCAUUCAUCAAUAAAAUCUGGUUUUCCUGCA